GAAGAAGAAUGGGUGUUUUUGAAAAGGGUGUGUUGCUACUGCUGUUGGAGUGUCUGAGGCAACCUUCACAACACAGUUUCAUUAGUUGUGAGCAGACUUUUGCUGAGAAUCAAACCCGGUUUACUACAUUGGUCAGUCAGGUACAGUGUGGAAAUGCAGCACAGCAGCAGCGUGACUGACUUUCAGCAACUAUGGGGAAGAUGGACCACCCUGUCGAACUGCCUUUAUAAUGAGCCAAAGGUAGCACAGGUGAUGAAUUCAAGAAUCGGGCAGUACCUCAGCAACCACCCGUUCUUAGCUCUCACAGUGAUGCUAUUCAGCGCCAUGGCUGCAGUGCCUGUUGGACUUUUCCUCAUUUUUGCUCUUGUGACCAUUAUUAUGUCGGCAGUAGGUUUUGUUUUCUUUGAGGUGUUCCUGCUGUUUGUGGGAGGGUUUACUCUGCUGUGCGUGCUCUCCGGCCUUGCCUUCUUCUCCCUCAUGGUUUCAUGCAUCUUUAAUGCUUUUUAUGUGAUCAUCUCCAACAUCCUCAACUACUACUACCCACAACUGACAAAGCAAGGUAACAUUGAGGGAAAGGAGUAUGAGUUUGAAACUUCAAAGCUGAAGGAAAUGCAGUAGCUCUCUUCCUCUUGUCUCAACUUGUCUCAUCUUAGAGCCUUAAAUCAGCACUACUGAAGCUUCAUUGUUGGGAUUCAGAGGACACAGAUGCUUGAAUGAAUAGUGCUGCUGAUGUAACAGAUAUUCGAAGCACAAAGUCUCCCUGAUGGUUACUGAAUGUGUAAAGCCUAAAUAUUGUUAGUAGAUAUUUUUCUAAAACUUAAAUAUGAAUAUAUGAAUUUCAUUAUAUAUAUAUAUAUAUAUAUAUAAUAGACAUAGACUGUCAGUCUGAAAACGCCUUUAUUUGUUAUGUGUAUUUGCAAAUAUUUGAUGUUCAUACUCUUAAAGCAAUGAAAAUGCACUAUAAAAUAAUGUUACAUAUCUAUUUUUGCUGUUACCCGCAGAAGAGCACAAUGUUUGACAUCUGUGACAUAGCUUUGAAUAAAAGCUCAUCAUAAUGAACAUUUGCUCUGGUCUUCUGUCCAAACAAGAGAUGGAGAAUAGUAAUGGACCUAAAACUAUGUCUUUGUGAAGAAUGUCUGGGAAAAAUUUUAAGUUGGUACCAUGUUGAAUGCUGCACAUUUUUCAAUCCUACAUGUUUGGCUCUAUUUAUAUUUCCCCAAUUCAUCAACAUGGUGUGAUUAACUACUAUA